GUACCUCAAGCAUGAGGACAUGGAUGAGGAUGCUGGCGCGGAGGAAGCUGGAGACGAGGAGAUGGCCGGCGAGGUCCUUCCCGAGACUGAGGAGCCUUUAGGGGAAGAGGAGGCCGAAGCAGAGGGCGAGGACCUUCAGGCCGAGGAGCUUCAGGAGGAGUCCAUGGAGCUUGAAGGUCAGAUGGAGUACGACUCUGCUGAAGGCGACGAGGAGGAGGCUUAUGCCGAAGAUGGUUACGAAGAGGGCUACGCCGAAGGAGCGGAGGAGGAG